GAUGAUUGGCUCCUCCCCUCAUCAUGAUGAUGAGCAGCUUUCAGGUUGUGAAUCUCUUACUGAAGGUCUCGUGAUGACAAACAGCGACAACUAGAGAGACACGGACAACUCAAACCAGCUGUGUGUUAGCUAACUAAACCAGCACUAACCCAGUAGUCGCGGUAAGGAUGGGUUGUGCGAUCUCUGGUUCAGAUUUGACAUCGAGAUCUAAAGCACAAGAGAUGAGAGAUGAAACUCCAGCAGUUUAUGUGAAUGAACAUCAGAUUGAGAUCAUCAGAGAUUCAUGGAGAGUCAUUCAGGAGGACAUCGCUAAAGUGGGAAUCAUCAUGUUUGUCAGGUUAUUUGAGACUCAUCCGGAGUGUAAGGAUGUGUUUUUCCUCUUUCGGGAUGUGGAGGAUCUGGAGAGAUUACGGACCAGUAGGGAACUCCGUGCCCACGGCCUCCGUGUGAUGUCUUUUAUUGAGAAGAGUGUGGCGAGACUCGAUCAGUCCGAUCGCUUACAGACUCUUGUGCUGGAACUGGGCAGAAGUCAUUAUCGCUAUAACGCCUCUCCAAAGUAUUAUGGGUAUGUAGGAACAGAGUUUAUUUGUGCUGUGCAGCCGAUACUAAAAGACAAAUGGACAAAUGAACUGGAAGAUGCCUGGAAGGCGCUGUUUCAGUACAUCAUCCACAUAAUGAAGGACGGCUAUCUGGAAGAAGAGAAAACCAAACAUAACACCACAGUGACGUCCACCAAAGAAAGACCAGACAAGAAACACACGGCCAUUUAACGCCUUCUCUCCUUUGAACAUACGUUGUGUACAUAGUGUAUUUAUUUCUUUAAAUAGUUUUUUCUUGUUCAUUUGAUCAGUGCUAUUUCAAGAUGUUAUUUAAAAGUGUGUACGUGUAGAAAAACAGAAAACAGAAGUCCAUUAUCUUGAUUAAGCUGAAUUUAAUUCGCGGCUUCAAACUUUUGGGACUCCCUCAGUAUGAAACCAAUGUUUGUCACGUCAAAUGCAAUAAACGCAACAUUGCAAAGUCAAA